UCACUUGCCGAGCGUCGGCGCUUUCAGGCUCGUCUGCAGAGCGCGUAACCCGCAGGAAGGCGAAUGCCGGAGUGGCAGCUAGCCUCUCUGCCCGAACACUGUCUUUCUUCAAGGAGUACCAGAAAAAUGUUAGGCUCCUGUCUGCUUUUUAACAGGAGGCACUUGGCCCAAGUUUUUGCAUGUUGCCAGCAUCUUCUAGGACGUGACUAUUUCAGCCUCCGGACUAAUUUCUGUGCUCUCACAGAACUGCGUACCAGAUGGAUAUCAACUUAUAGAAAGGUUGCUCCCGCCUUCACCAGAGCACUGGCCUUUGGAGAAAAGAUAGCCAUCAUUGACCAAAGAGGAGAACACACCUACAACGAUUUGUACACUCGAAGUCUUUGCCUCUCCCAGAAAAUCUGUAAGGCACUUGGAAACUCAGAUGGUGACUUGAAGGGUGAACGGAUUUCCUUUUUAUGCCCCAAUGAUGCUUCCUAUGUCACUGCACAGUGGGCGACCUGGAUGAGUGGAGGUAUUGCUGUUCCUCUGUACAGAAAGCAUCCUGUGUCGGAACUGGAGUAUUUCAUCCAGGAUUCUCAGAGUACUCUUCUGCUUGCCGAGCAAGAGUAUGAGGAGAAGGUUACCCCCACUGCUGAGAAACUGGGGGUGCCUGUGCUCUCGCUUCCCCAGUCAGGAAAGUGGGAUGUGACGACUGAUGGAUCCCUUGGAGAUGCCAGUUGCCCCAUUUCAGAGUGGGAGAACAGAGGAGCCAUGAUCAUCUACACAAGUGGGACAACAGGAAGACCCAAAGGAGUCCUUAGCACUCACCAGAAUGUCCAUGCUAUGAUAACUGGGCUGGUUGAAAAAUGGGCAUGGACAAGCGAUGAUGUGAUUCUCCAUGUUCUCCCUUUGCAUCAUGUCCAUGGGGUGGUCAACAAACUGCUGUGUCCCCUCUGGGUGGGUGCCACCUGCAUCAUGCUUCCUGAGUUUAGUGCACAAAUGGUCUGGGAAGCCCUCCUGAAUCUUCAAGCUCCCCGGGUCAACAUCUUUAUGGCAGUGCCAACCAUUUAUAGCAAACUGAUUGAGUAUUAUGACAAGCAUUUCUCUCAGCCGCUUGUCCAGGACUUCAUUCUUGCCGUCUGCCAGGAUCACAUCCGGUUGAUGGUAUCAGGGUCCUCCGCCCUCCCGGUGCCAGUCCUACAAAGGUGGAAGAGCCUUACGGGGCACAUCCUCUUGGAGAGAUAUGGAAUGACAGAGAUUGGAAUGGCACUUUCCAACCCGCUGCAUGGCCCUCGUGUUCCAGGAUCGGUGGGGACUCCGCUGCCAGGAGUAAAGGUGCGCAUCGCCACCGGCAGCUGGACGGAGGAUGGUUCUGCGUACUGCAUCCAUGCUGAAGGGGAUGAGACCGGCACAACGGUGACUCCCGGCUUGGAUGCCAAAGAAGGGGAGCUCUUUGUGAAGGGACCCGCUGUGUUUCAGGAAUACUGGAACAGACCUGCGGAAACCAAGGAGGCCUUUACUCCUGAUGGCUGGUUCAAGACAGGUGACACGGUGGUGUACAGCGAAGGCACCUACUGGAUCAGGGGACGGACUUCAGUUGACAUCAUCAAAAGCGGCGGUUACAAGAUCAGCGCCCUGGAGGUCGAGCGCCACCUGCUGGCCCACCCUAGCAUUGCAGAUGUUGCUGUGAUUGGUGCCCCAGACAUUGUCUGGGGUCAGAAGGUCAGCGCUGUGGUAGAACUCCACAAGGGCCAGGAGUUGUCUCUCCAGGACCUCAAGAAGUGGGCGAGGGAGACCAUGCCAUCUUACACCAUCCCUUCUGAACUGCUCCUGGUGGAGGAAAUUCCACGCAACCAGAUGGGCAAAGUGGAUAAGAAGCAGCUGCUCAGACAAUUCUACAGCGCGUUGUGAAGGCAUCAGCCUGGGGAGGCAGAACGAGGGUCUCCGUGGCGGAAGGGCUGGAUUCUUCCCUUUCAAAACCUGACUCUCCUCCUCGCGGGUCAACUUGCCUUUAGCUCAUCAUCUGUGAGACCGAACCGGGCCUGUGGUUUAUUUUCUGAACCGUAAGCCAGGCUUUGUGCUGCUCCACCUCUUUCCUGACCGGCAGAAAGUUCAGCCUACAGAAAAUGCAGGGUUUGCGGGGGACGGGGGAAGAGGUCCUGGCUUGGCUUGAGCCCCCGAGGGAGGGUGUUGGAACGGAAGCUUCGGCCUCCCUGGUCGAGGCCUCCUCUUGGUUCCGCUAGAGCACGAGAAGGCCGUGAAUGUUCUCUGAGCACGGGCGUACCUGCCUGAGCCUCCCUCCUCCUCUGGCGUUCUUGCAAAAGAUGGGAACAGACGUGGGCGUGACCCCUCCCUCCCUCCCUCCCUCCGCACAACUGGAAGUUCGUCCCCUCCACACAAAUGCACCUCUGGAGCCAAGGAAUCAGAUGUGGAGUUGUGCGUGUUACAGGAGAGGCAAGUCGGUCAAAACAGAAUUCGUGUCUGUUCAUGUCAUCUCACCCGCGUUUCCAUGCUGUUCUGCGCAACUCUGACUUUUUAAAA